AACUAAUUGCACACGGUGGAUUUGGAAGUGUUUAUAAAGCAAUUUGGAAAGAUGGUCCAUUAACGGAACAAGCUUGGGACAUUGAUUAUUCUAUAUGGAAACGACGUCAUAACCAGGAAGUAGUGAUAAAGAAAUUUCAAAAUGUGACUCAUGUCAGUCCAGAGUUGUUGAAUGAGAUUAAUAUUAACUCUAGAUUAUGUUUCGAGUUUAACCGUGAUGAAAUUAUUACAAUAUAUGGAGUGACUCGUGAUCCGCAAAGUGCGGAAUACGGAAUUGUUACUAAAUUCAUAAAUGGUGGAAAUCUGAGGGAAAUGAUUAAAAAAAAUCAUAGUAGCCUAACAUGGGAAAUUGUUCUUAAUAUACUUUUUUACGUCUGCAUGGGAUUACGUCAUGUUCAUUAUAAAAAUUAUUGCCACAAAGAUCUCCAUAGUGGCAACAUUUUGAUCAAUAAUUUAAAUAUAAGACUUGGUAUAAUUGAAUCAGCAAUUUCAGAUUUUGGUCUGUGUCGUCCUAUGGAUCAAAGUUCCACAGAUAAAACUAUAUGUGGUGUUUUACCAUUUGUCGCACCAGAGGUUUUACUUGGUAGAGAGUACACUAAAGCAGCGGAUAUUUAUGGGAUCGGGAUGUUGAUGGCAGAAGUAAUCAGCGGCGAACCACCCUUUGCUGAUAGGGAUUAUGAUGAGAAUUUGGCUUUGGCUAUUUGCUUUGGUCAACGUCCACAUAUUCCAGAAUAUACUCCUGAACCAUAUGCUGCGUUAAUGAAACGUUGUUGGGAUCCUAUUCCUACCAAUCGUCCAACGGCCAUAGAAUUAAACGAACAGAUUUUUGAUCUAGAACUUGGCCUUGACAAGGAAAGCCGGCUAGAAAUUAUAAAAGAAUUCAGUAAGGAAAGGGAAGACAAGUGGAAAGCACGAUUAGCAGAAUUGGCUACAAAUCCAAUACCCCUGAAAGAAUCGCAGAACUUGCUCACCAGUAAACGACUUGACUACUCUCAGUAUCUAUCACAAAAACUUACGGUUGAAGAUUGGAAUAAACUAAAAUUAAUCGACUAAUAAGUCGACUUAUUGUGAGAUCAAUGGUAAACAAUAUUGUAUGUGGAAUAUCACAUGAAAAAAAGUUUUGCGAUUGCAAAUAUUUUAUAAUUGAAUUCGGUUAACUACAUACUUCUAUUUUUUUUGACAAACUAUAAGUAAGGUUGGGAUUCGUAAUAC